AUGAACAAAGAUGACGAGAGGUUGUGUGAUUGGAUCCAGGAGAAUACACAAUCGAAGGUGACCAGUAACUUCUUGGCGACGCUACGCAAGUUAUCGAAUAACUGUCGGAAUGACGAGCAUAAAUUUAUAGCUGGGUGUAAAGCUCUGGGAAAAUUUGAGGGUCGAGAUAGUUUCCUCUCUCAACUAUUCUCAAAAUUAAGAGGCAAGUCGGAAGAACCUCCAAAGGCUGGCAAAAGGCGAAUGCGUACUCUCCCGAACCUCCAAAUAGAUGAUACUGAUGAAGACGAUGAGCCAAUUUCACGUGUAGUACCGAAAGAUGCCAAACCCAGGGUUUUGUUCAAAAGGAUCGAUAAAAGUGCGGCCAAACGACUGAAAGAAUAUUCUGGAGAGAAGGAAUCAGCAAAGCAACCUACCCUACGAGAUACGCAAACAAUUCCUGUUUUACAAAGUUAUAUUAGCGAGGAUGCGAACCAAGAGGUUGAGAAGCCUGACAGUGAGGAAGAAGUGCACAAUGCGACGGAGAGUGACUUCGAAUCUUCCGGCGAAGAAGCUAAAAUUGAGGACCGUGAUUGGUACAAUCACGAUGAUGACUAUGGAAAUCCUAUAUCAACAACUACUGAAUUCGGUGAGGAAGUUAAUUUUCCUGCUAAAAGUUCAAGUAAACGUCGAUUGUGGGAACAAGAUGCUUCAAAUCCCAAGAUUCAACUAUAUCCACUUCCCUUGGAUCAAAGAAAACACUACAUUCCUUAUUUUCUGCGACAUUACAGUAAUAACUACGGUGUAAGUGAAGCUGUCCUUAUUGGGUCAGUAUUGGAAUCCUCUCAAAAGGGCAUUGUGAACCCAUUUAAAAAUCCUGAAAGCAUAUUUUCGGUGAACGCUCGAAAAGGUAGUCACUUAGUGGCAUUAAGGAGGCUACAGAGAGACCAGAAAGAUAAGUCCAAGGAAGCAGUAGAAAUAGCAGGUACAUCUUUGGGUGACGUUCUUGGAGUCAAAGAUAAUGGGAAUCAUGUCAAAGAAACGGUCGAGGCUUCAAAUGAGCAAACUGCUUUAUUAGACUCGAGAGAAGAAAUUCAGCGAGUUAGAGAGUGCCUACCAGCAUUCAAAGUAAAAUCUAAACUGGUACAAACUAUUCGCGAAAACCAAGUUACUAUUGUCAUCGGUGAAACAGGCUCAGGAAAAACCACCCAACUUGCUCAAUAUUUAUACGAAGCUGGGUUUUGUGCAGGUCAUAAACUCAUAGGGUGUACCCAACCUCGAAGAGUCGCUGCAAUGUCUGUCGCCAAGAGAGUGGCGUUGGAAAUGAAUGUGGAUCUGGGUAAACAAGUUGGGUACUCGAUUAGAUUUGAGGAUGAGACUUCCACCGAGACAAGAAUAAAAUUUAUGACCGAUGGUAUUCUUUUACGAGAGGCUUUACUGGAUGAAACUUUAGACCGCUAUGGUUGCAUAAUCCUUGACGAAGCCCAUGAACGCUCACUGAAUACUGAUGUUAUGCUUGGCUUGUUAAAACAGUUGCUUUCACGAAGGCGAGAUUUGAAGGUGAUCGUUACAUCCGCCACGAUGAAUGCAGCAAAGUUCUCCACCUUCUUUGGGAGUGCACCUCAGUUUAGUAUCCCAGGAAGGACUUUUCCCGUCCAGACAAUAUAUUCCAAGUUUCCAGUUGAGGAUUAUGUUGAGUCUUCGGUAAUGCAAGCAGUCCGCAUCCAUGCCUCGACAAACUUCGAUUCUGGCGAUAUUUUAAUAUUCAUGACGGGGCAGGAAGAUGUUGAAUCAACAUCAGAAGCGAUUAAAGAAAGGCUAACAGAAAUCUACUCAAAAAGCAAAGGCAUUACAAAUUUUGACGAGAUAGAUGAUGUUGAAAUCUUUACCGUUUAUUCGGCUCUACCAGGAGAUGUUCAGAAUCGAAUUUUUCAGCGGUUAGAAAAUGGAAAAAGGAAGAUAGUAGUGGCCACUAACAUCGCAGAAACUUCUUUAACAAUUGAUGGUAUCAGAUACGUUAUUGAUUGUGGGUAUUCGAAGCUCAAGGUUUACAAUCCAAAGAUUGGGCUUGAUAGUCUGAUGAUAACUCCCAUUUCCCAGGCAAAUGCUAAUCAGAGAUCAGGAAGAGCUGGCCGUACAGCACCAGGAACGGCAUACAGAUUAUAUACGGAAGAUACGCUACAUGAAGACAUGUACAUUCAGACAAUUCCCGAGAUACAAAGGACUAAUUUGUCGAAUACAGUCCUGCUCCUGAAAUCACUUGGUGUGGAACAAAUAAUACAAUUUCCUUUCGUGGAUCCUCCUCCAAUUCAAACUCUUCUUGUGUCCCUCAACGAACUCUUUUCCAUAGGCGCACUGGAUAAUAUGGGCAAUCUUACGGAACUAGGUAUGAUGAUGUCAAAAUUUCCACUACAACCUUCUCUCAGUAAGGUUCUUCUCAUCUCUGCAAAGAAUGGUUGCAGUGAAGAAAUGGUUACUAUUGUUUCAAUGCUGUCGGUCCCUCAAGUAUUUUACAGACCAAAGGAAAGGCAAAAGGAAUCAGAUACUGCACGUAGCAGAUUUUUUGUUCCAGAAUCAGACCAUUUGACUUUUUGUAAUGUUUAUUCACAGUGGAAAUGCAGUAGAUAUUCGCACAGAUGGUGCAGUAAGCACUUUGUGCACUAUAAAUCUCUACAAAGAGCAAAAGAAAUUAGAGAACAACUGAUCAAAAUCAUGAAGAAGAACCGGAUACAGGUUGUUUCCUCCGGUACUGACUGGGAUGUAUUAAGGAAAUGCAUUUGCUCAGGAUAUGCGCACCAAGCUGCCAAGACGUCAGGCCUGGGUAAAUAUUGUCAUUUGAAGACUGGUAUGGAUAUACAAUUGCAUCCAACGAGCGCAUUAUAUGGUCUGGGUGAAAUGCCUCCCUAUGUGGUUUAUCACGAGUUGCUCAUGACGACUAAGGAAUACAUCUGUUGUGUGACAGCAGUAAAUCCAUUUUGGCUAAUAGAAUUUGGUGGUCUCCUGUAUGAUGUCAGGAAAAUUGGGGGGACUCAUACCGAUCAUGCUGACGUUGAAGCGUUUGAUCCAGAAGAGGAUCGCGAGCUCGAUAUUAAGUUGAAGGAAAUCAAAGAGGCAAGAAAUCGGAUGAUAGAAAAUUUCGAGGUCAAAUAUCCACAGAUAUCAAGCAAUUCUAAAGUUGAGUCCAACAGGAAAAAGCGCAUAAACGAUGUGCAGAUAGGUUUCAAAAAGCGCCGUCCUUUCCGCUAG